GUAGGAGGACAAGUCGCCUGCAUGCGGACCCUGUGACCAUCGGUGUGGUGGCGGGAGUCGUCAGCCUUGCCUUGCUUAUUCUGCUCGUAGUUUUCCGCAUCAAAUACAUCAACCAAGCUCCCGGUCGCGUUUCUACCAGCUCAGCAGCCGACACGCUUUGUACCCAGUGUACUUCCGGGGAGCAGGACUAUCCCGGCAGCGAGUCGGCAGCCCCCGGACCACACGUCUGUGCCAACGGCCAGGACAUGUUUGUGCGUGCCGGGGAAGGGAAACAUAGCUACAUAGCUGGCGGAGACGUCGUGGACGGGAGUGGGAAAGACAGCUACUGUAGUUCUCACACUCACAGCCAAGACAGAUCGAGUUAUACUGCCGAAGGACACGAUAGGUGGAGCUAUGAUGGUCAUGACGCCAGUACUUCUAUCGGACAAGAUGGCGGCAGUUCUUCCUGCCAGAACGGAUGCCACGGUGGGUCUAUAAGUCGAGUGGAGUUCGAAGGUUCUUGUGGACAGAUGACCGGUAUGUUUACUGACGACAACAGUGCCGGUCAGAAUGGUUUUCGCGGGGGAAGAGCACCAGGAAGAGAGGCGUCAAACGGUGAAGUGGCAGGUGUUUGCGCCUCAUCUCCACCAAUGAGGCAUACAACUGUGUGACGAUCAGAUAAAAAGCUACAGUUUUCCAGUCCUUUACUUAUCUGUUGUCUGAACAAUGGCCAUGCCCAGACUCACUUCCAUGCUCUUUCCUCGUUGCCUUCUUUGAGACCCCAGACUUAGGACCCAUGGGCUCUUCCCUCAUCGAAGUGCUGGGUCCAACAUAUCUUCAUGUACAAUAAUAACGAUAGGGAAAACAGAAAGCAGCGUAAAUUUUAAAAAAAGGCCGGCGUCUCCAGCUCCUGGCAAGUAAGAAAGAUGAGGAGAUAGUUCCGUUACAUUAUUAUAAUUGACGUUACUUUUUUGGUUUUAGAUAACUGUCAAAUUACGCCUACAUGUAGAACUUAUUGUUGUUGCUCAUAUAGCCUUUGUUUAUGCAAACGGAUAUGCAGCAAAUGAGUCAGAGCUAUUGGAACGUAUAAUAGGUAUACAUGAACAUGCAGUAAGUAGUACUCUGUUUUGUUUUAAACCUCAUCCUGCAGACAUUUACAUAGCAUGUUUCCGUGUCUUAUAGUAGACUUAAAACGAAAGGGGUUGCAAGUAGCAUGACAUUAACAUCACAUGUACUUCUUCCCAUUCGGACCAAUUAAUUACGUGUCCCCAGAGAGUUCAAGUUCUUUGAGCUCAACUGUGUUUUAGAAAGAUAAGUAACCUGAAAGCUUCUGCCUCCUACUCCGAAUGUCUUCGGAUUGGUCACUCGAGGAAAAAGAAGAAGGUAUUUUUGGUCAUGUACAUGUACAUAUUGUUUGUAUUUUGAAAGUGAGACGACGUCUUCCUUGAAAUGGGAGAUUUAGAGGAAGACAAAAUGCAAAGAACAUAUAUUUUAUGUCUUUAGGUUGUAAAGCAAUUAUUAAACAACAUAACUGACAAAUAUCAGUAACAAUAUUCACACAAUUAUCUUUAAAACAAAGAUGAUAUUAUUUCAAAGGCAGAGCAACUAAAUUUGUUUCCUUCCCAGGACAAGG